CACAGAACAAACUGGAUUGGGAAAGACCUUUGAGAUCAUCAAGUCCAACCUAUCACCUAACAACACAUCAACAACUAAACCAUGGCCCUGAGUGCCAUGUCCAGUCUUUUUUUAGACACCUUCAGGGACGGUGACUCCACCACCUCCCUGGGCAGGUGAUUCUAGUGCCCAAUCGCUCUUUCAUUGAAGAAUUUCUUCCUGACAUUUCUUCUAAACUCCCCCUGCACAGUUUAAGACAACAGCAGAAAAGGCAGUUUCUUCACAAUAAGCACUUGGAGCUGCUGCUAACUUGUGAAGUCUAAACACAAGCUGAGGUAUGCAAGCACUGAGAAAACUGCAGUUUAAUCCAGUUGUAUUCAAUGGAACAUCUGGUUGAAGAAGGGAAAGAAAAUGCACUGUGAUUACUGUUUUCUACUGCUCCCUCACCUGGGCCCUGCUCCCAGAGACAGAAUGCAAAGGAUACCAGCAGUGCCACCCAUAAAUAUUGAAACUGUGUCAUCUGAGGGAAGAAAAUGAAGACAGCUUCCAAAAAUGGAAGUUAUAUAAAUUGGUUCUCCUGCUGGGGAAGUCAAAGAAAAAAUUCAGGUGGUGGAAGAGGAACUCCAGUCAGUCCCCAUCCGUCUGGAAGAGCAACAGGACACGUAUGCCACGUCUCCUGGGGAGCCCUCCGAGGGUGGCUGCACACCAGGAGCCCCUGGAAUGAUUUUCAUCAAUAAUGAGUGGCAGAAUUCUGAAAGUGGAAGAAUAUUCCCAGUAUAUAAUCCAGCAACAGGAGAACAAAUCUGUGAUAUUCAGGAAGCUGACAAGGUUGAUACAGACAAGGCAGUGAGGGCAGCUCGACUGGCUUUUUCCCUCGGUUCUGUUUGGAGGAGAAUGGAUGCCUCAGAAAGAGGCCAUCUUUUGGAUAAGUUAGCAGACUUGGUGGAAAGGGACAGGGCAAUUCUUGCUACUAUGGAAUCACUGAACAGUGGCAAACCGUUUUUGCAAGCUUUCUAUGUAGAUCUCCAGGGAGUCAUAAAAACCCUGAGGUAUUAUGCUGGUUGGGCAGACAAAAUCCAUGGAAUGACCAUUCCUGUAGAUGGAGAUUAUUUUACGUUUACAAGACAUGAACCCAUCGGAGUGUGUGGACAGAUCAUCCCUUGGAACUUCCCCCUGCUGAUGUUUGCAUGGAAGAUUGCUCCAGCUCUGUGCUGUGGCAAUACAGUAGUUAUUAAACCAGCAGAACAAACACCACUCAGUGCUCUCUAUAUGGGUGCCCUCAUCAAGGAGGCUGGUUUUCCACCAGGAGUUGUCAAUAUUUUGCCAGGAUUUGGUCCAAUUGUUGGUGCAGCCAUAGCCUCUCACGUUGGCAUUGAUAAAAUUGCUUUCACUGGAUCCACUGAGGUUGGGAAGCUGAUCCAAGAAGCAGCUGGAAGGAGUAAUUUGAAGAGAGUUACACUGGAGCUGGGUGGGAAAAGCCCAAACAUUAUUUUCGCAGAUGCUGAUUUGGACUAUGCUGUGGAACAAGCUCACCAGGGAGUCUUCUUCAAUCAAGGUCAAUGCUGCACCGCAGGCUCACGGAUUUACGUGGAAGAAUCAAUCUAUGAAGAGUUUGUCAGAAGAAGCGUAGAACGUGCAAAGAGGAGAGUUGUGGGGAGUCCUUUUGACCCAACUACAGAACAAGGUCCACAGAUUGAUAAAAAACAAUACAACAAGAUCUUGGAACUGAUUCAAAGCGGCAUCACUGAAGGAGCAAAACUUGAAUGUGGGGGAAAGGGGCUGGGAAGAAAGGGAUUCUUCAUUGAACCUACAGUGUUUUCCAAUGUAACAGAUGACAUGCGGAUUGCCAAGGAAGAGAUUUUUGGGCCUGUUCAAGAAAUACUGAGAUUUAAAACCAUGGAUGAAGUUAUAGAGAGAGCCAACAAUUCUGAUUUUGGUCUGGUAGCUGCUGUCUUUACAAAUGACAUAAACAAGGCCCUGACAGUCUCUUCAGCAAUGCAGGCUGGGACAGUCUGGAUAAAUUGCUACAAUGCCUUAAAUGCCCAAAGUCCUUUUGGAGGAUUCAAAAUGUCUGGCAAUGGGAGAGAGAUGGGUGAAUGUGGAUUGAGAGAAUAUUCUGAAGUUAAAACUGUGACAAUAAAGAUCCCUCAGAAGAACUCCUAAAAUUACAGAGGACCAUGUUGUGCAGAAGAGCACAUGAUGCCACCUUCUCUAUUCCUUAUGGAGACCAGCACUCAGGAACAAAAAGUGUUACACAAUAUAUAUUUAAGAAUUAAGUUGCAACAAAUAUACUGGGCACAUAACUGAGUACCUAAUGCAAACCAACUUGCAUGUUUUCAUAAAACUCUCCUGAGAAUCGUUACAUCUUUAUAAAACAAAUCUUAACGAGAUAAAAUUGCUACUGGGCAUAAUUUAAUAAUGGUUCCAGCUAUAAAACUGUUAAAUGCAAAUGCAUGCACACACACAUUUAUCUCUUCCUUAAAUAAACAAAAUAAGUCUUACUGCUUUCAGGUUGCCUUCUCAAACAGACCUGCCUUGUACAGACAUUGUAGUUUCAAUCAGGGCUCUACAAACCAGAUUAUAUCCGGAACACUAGCAAUGAACAACACAAACAAGUGUCAUUGAUGUUCUUAAAAAAUAAAAGACUCUGAAUGGUAAUGGCCUCAAACCUGGUAUAGUGGCAACUUUCCAAUUAGCACGCCCACAGAAAGAGGUCAGACUGGGAAGGGAAUCAAUCUGCUGCAUGGCCAAUGAAAGCCAAAUACUUAUCAGUCAGAUUUGGCUUUCAUAGCUCACAGCAAUUUGGAUUUCAAAGCUUAUUUUCGUAAUUACUUUAUGGCUUGCUAUAAGCAAAAGUCCUCCUUCACUUUCAGGAACUUGAAGGGAUUUACCUGCCUGCCAAAAGAGCAAGGCCAGACAGGGUGGGUGGGUGUUAACGAGAACAGGAACAGAUUCCAAGUCUUCACAGAAUAUUUUAGCUUUCACUGCUUGUCUAGUUUUGUUGUUGUUGUUGUUACUGUUGUUGCUUUCACCUUUUUUCUUUUUUAAACAAAUAUAUGCACACACAGGCUCCAUUUAUUUGUCUGCUAUUAAACUGCCUGUGAUUACACUGGGAAUCAUUAAGUACUUGUUGCAGCUUUUACUAAAUGAUGUCUUGCCAUCCUCACCAUGCUUGUGCACCUCAGGUGAUGUUACUGGCUGGUACUGAGCUUUCAAUUAUUUGGGUUUUUUGGAUCCAGGACAAAAAUAAGCAAGUUUUUUCAGAACUUAGGUAUUUACAGCCUGUCACAUUAUUACCUGCUGCCUACAGAAUCUGUCCUAAUCUAUCACUGACAAACUAAACACUAUCUCUUUUUUCAGCUGCAGAGCUCAUCAAUUCCCCAGAUUCUUUUAAAGAGGUUUCAUUUAUGUUUUAACUUAGAAUUAAGAAAACCUAUUUUAGAAGUACAGUAAAUAAUCCACACAGUGUAGCUACAUGAUCUGAGGUGUAAGGACAGAAUUACAGCCUCAGGUGUAAGUUCUCCUAGCUGCAGAGUCUAUGCUAUGAACUGUUCAAACUCCAGCCCUGAUCAGAAACUAACUUCUGCAUGUUCUUAACUUCCUUUAGUCUCUGAGGAAUUCCUCUUAGAUUUGAAGUUGUAUGUGUCCUUCAACAUACUGCUGGAUCAGGACAAGAGUCUCCAGCACUUUGUAGUGUGGCGGCCCUCAGUAUUUUGUGACUCAUGUCAAACCGUGUAUGUGUUUUUAAGCAAUAUGUCUACAUGUCCUUAUUGAGAACUGCUAGUACAUUCACUAGACAUGGAGAUAAAUCAAAGUAUUCCUGAGUUGUUAAAUUCAAAUGCCAUAUAUUUCUACUGUAGUGUAUGUCAGAGUGAAGAAAAACAAAAUACAGCAAGUAAGAGAUUAGUUAUCUUUUAAACUGCAAUAUAAAAUGUGAAAAAGGAGAUUUUACUUCUUUUCUCCUAUUUGCUUAAAAAAGAAACUUCCUGUGCUUACAGCAUUUACACCAUGUACUCUUUUGUAUUCUUUUCAUGUAUUUUGUAUGUCUGUGCUUUAUUCCCAAUACAUUCAGGUAAAUAAUAUAGAGUUGCCAUUUUUUUCAACCCUGUCACUGCAGCUCCAUUUGAUGUACAUGGAUUUGUGAAAUCCUUUUUUAGAUGUACCAUCUGCAUGGAUCCAACAAAACAUUUUUCCAGUCCCUGCAGCUUUUUGUUACAGUUUUUAAUCAUGUAUAUAGUUAUAUGUUAUUAAAAAAGUAAAAGGAUAUUUUCUAUGAAGUUUUUUCCAUUAAAAAGGCUUAGAGAAAGA